CAGCCGCCGCCUCCAUCCUGACCGGUUUGCCGCGCGUCUUCCUUCCGCUUCCUCCCAAGCACCGCCCGCCCCGGCUUGAGUGAAGUGCCUCCACAACCAAUGGCCAGUGCGAACCCUCCUGAUAGGUCCACUCGCUCAACCCUCAGCCAAUCCGGUCGCAUGAGGGGGUGCACGCAGAUUCCGGCGCAGACGACGUACAAAACAUGGACCUACAUCCGUGUUCACGCCCGCACUUGGGGCCGCCUCUUUUCCUCGCCCCGCGUCCAAUGGGCGUGCGGACCCUCUCUCCGACCUCUUGAGAAGUGACCCAUGGGGACGUUGGGUCAGGAUUGACGGGGCCAUCGGCCUCUCAACAAAAGGCGUGUGCUGCGGGGCCCGCCCUUCUUACGAAGCCCCGAGCCGCGCGCGGUGCGGGGAUUGUUUACGUCUAGCUCAGGAGCGGAAAGUAGGUCACGGCCGGCCGGGCGGAGCGCGGCGGCGCAGAGCGGCUGCAGAUCCUGUCCACCAUGACCAGGCGCCCACGGAGCAGCAGAGCGUGGCAUUUUGUCUUGAGUGCAGCCCGUCGAGACGCGGAUGCCAGGGCCGUGGCUCUGGCAGGGACCCCCAACUGGGGCUACGACUCUGAUGGGCAGCACAGCGACUCAGAUUCCGACCCCGAGUGUCCGAACGCGCCGCCCUCCAUCCCCAGCGCGGUGCCCGUGACCGGGGAGUCCUUCUGUGACUGUGACAGUCAGAGCGAGGCCUUCUGCGGCAGCCUGCACACCGCCCACCGGGGCAGGGACUGCCGCUGCGGGGAGGAGGAUGAGGAUUUCGACUGGGUCUGGGAUGACCUGAACAAGUCCUCAGCCACCCUGCUGAGCUGCGACAACCGCAAGGUCAGCUUCCACACGGAGUACAGCUGCGGCACGGCGGCCAUCCGCGGCACCAAGGAGCUGGCCGAGGGCCAGCACUUCUGGGAGAUCAAGAUGACCUCGCCCGUCUACGGCACAGACAUGGUGAGUGGCAGGGCUGCGGGGGGGCUGCGGGUGCCAUGGCCCACGGCCCCCCCACCAGUCCCGUUCUUCCCAGAUGGUGGGCAUUGGGACGUCAGACGUGGACCUGGACAAGUACCAUCACACGUUCUGCAGCCUGCUCGGCAGGGACGAGGACAGCUGGGGCCUCUCCUACACGGGGCUCCUCCACCACAAGGGCGACAAGACCAGCUUCUCCUCACGGUUCGGCCAGGGCUCCAUCAUCGGCGUCCACCUGGACACCUGGCACGGGACGCUGACCUUCUUCAAGAACAGGAAGUGCAUAGGAGUGGCAGCCACGCAGCUGCAGAACAAGAGGUUCUACCCGAUGGUGUGCUCCACGGCGGCCAAGAGCAGCAUGAAAGUGAUCCGCUCCUGCGCCACCAUCACCUCCUUGCAGUACCUGUGCUGCUACCGCCUGCGCCAGCUGCGGCCCGACUCCGGGGACACGCUCGAGGGCCUGCCCCUGCCACCCGGCCUCAAGCAGGUGCUGCACCACAAGCUGGGCUGGGUCCUGAGCAUGAGCUGCGCCCACCACAAGCCCCCCGCACCUGCGCCCUCGCCGGCAGCUAGUCCCAGCAGCCCUGAGAGCCGGCGCUGCCAGAGGAAGCGCUGCCGAAGGACCUAGCUCGUUCCACCAAAAUGGCCUUCUGGGCCCGGGUCAGUGGCGACGCUGCCCGCCCUUUGGACCACCCUCCAGGGCCACGGGAGAGGGAGGCCUGGGCUGAGGUGGUCUCGGCUGCCCCCCUGCCCGCCCGAGGCUGGACGGGCCUUGUUCUGGAGGCUCUGGGGCCUCUGGGGCCUUGCCCUGUGAUCCUGAGACCAGGACCGCCCAGGUCUGUGUGCUGCCUGUGCCCCAUGAGCGGCCACGGCCCCAGAACAGCCAGACGCAGGAAGCUGUGGUCUGCUGCCUGCAAGGAUGGCCUCUUCCUGCCGUCUCUGGCCUCGGGUUCUCAACUCCCUUUUUGCAUGUGGUCAGCUACCGUUGGUCCCGUCUGAGGCCGAAGUGACUCUAAUAAAGGUAGCCUUGACGUCU